AUGGCGGCCAAUGAUGCAGAGGCGCGGUGGCGAGAGCAGUUUGCUGCCAUGAAAGCAGCAUUGGCUGAGCUAAAGCUACCUGUAAACGGCAUUGCCCAGGAAGAGGAAUCCGACUUUGAUCUGGACGAUGCCUUCACCUCCGGCAACAGCGGCGACGAUGUCUGGGACUUUAUUGAGGACGAUGAGGAGGAUCUUUGGAGCAGCGAUUUUGUUGACGAGACCAAUGGCCAGUUGGAGGGCGACAGCGGUCUUGGCACAAGUUGGUUCGCCAAACAGUGUGCUACUGUUGCUUCCAAGAAGGAUGGCCUGUCUCCCGAUGCCUUUCAGGCACAGAUCCUUGAAAUCUUGACGUCGAAUCAAUCCGAGGAACAGGUGCAAUCAGUGCUUACUGACUUGGUUGGGUUUGACGACCUUGACUUCGUCAUUGAGGUUAUAUCUCACAAGGACCAGAUCAUUUCCGACUUUGUUUCCCAGGCAGAGGGUCAUCCGUCUGGAAACCGUUUACUCACCAAGGCUGAGAGGGAGGAGGCACUGCGCCAGAAAGAUUGGGAACACAAGAAUGCGGCUCUUGGCCCAGCCAUGCACAAGGAGGUGCAAUAUCCCCACGUCUACAGGGCCCACGCCGCGGGCAACUCGCUCAGCUACUCUGGGAAGAGAUACGCGCUGCCAGCGGGCAGCGAAAGAAAGUUGUUCGACAAGUACGAAGAGAUCAUGGUGCCGGCUGGCAAGACUGGCGUACUCGCCCCCGGGAGGAGGCUGCUCCCCAUCCCCGAGAUGGACGGGCUCUGCCGAAGGACCUUCAAGGGUUACAAGACACUCAAUCGCAUGCAGAGUCUUGUGUAUCCAAUCGCCUACAAGACGAGCGAAAACAUGCUCAUCUGUGCACCCACUGGUGCUGGUAAAACUGAUGCAGCCAUGUUGACCAUCUUACAAACCAUUGGACAUUAUUGCACACCCAAUCCUAUCGAGGACAACGAGGCGACGGAUUUUGCUGUGGAUUUGGACGACUUCAAAAUUGUCUACGUUGCACCCAUGAAAGCCCUAGCUGCCGAAAUCACUGAGAAGCUAGGAAAACGUCUGGCUUGGGCUGGCAUCCGUGCUCGUGAGUACACGGGUGAUAUGCAUUUGACCAAGAGUGAGAUCGUCCAGACACAGAUCAUCGUCACUACCCCCGAGAAAUGGGAUGUCAUUACUCGGAAAGGCACCGGCGAUACCGAACUAGUGCAAAAGGUCCGUUUAUUGAUCAUUGAUGAGGUUCACAUGCUGCACGAUGAGCGUGGUGCUGUGUUAGAGUCCCUGGUAGCCAGAACCGAGAGACAAGUCGAGAGUACACAAUCACUGAUCCGGAUCGUUGGUCUGAGUGCUACUCUUCCCAACUUCAUUGAUGUCUCCGAUUUCCUCAAAGUCAAUCGGCAACAGGGCUUGUUCUACUUUGAUGGAUCUUUCCGUCCAGUGCCUCUAGAACAACACUUCAUUGGAGUAAAGGGAAAACCAAACUCCAAACAAUCUCGAGACAAUCUGGAUCAGAUCGCCUUUGAGAAAGUUCGGGACAUGCUUCAGCAAGACCACCAGGUCAUGGUGUUUGUUCAUUCGCGGCGUGAUACUCUCCUGACCGCCAAGAUGCUCCAUCAGAAAGCCGUCGAUGAAUUCUGCGUCGAUCUCUUUGAUCCCCAGGGCCACCCAGCAUACGAACAAGCUCAGAGGGACAUGAAGUCUUGCAAAGCCAGGGAAUUAAGAGAUCUCUUGCCGAAAGGCCUUGGUAUUCAUCAUGCUGGUAUGACCCGAUCUGACAGAAAUCUGAUGGAGAGGCUCUUUGCAGAGGGCGUGAUCAAAGUUCUCUGCUGUACAGCGACCCUUGCCUGGGGUGUAAACUUGCCUGCUGCAGCAGUUGUCAUCAAAGGUACUCAGGUCUACAGCGCUCAGGACGGUAAAUUUGUGGAUCUCGGUAUUCUUGAUGUCCUUCAAAUUUUUGGUCGUGCCGGUCGUCCUCAGUUUGAGGAUGUUGGUAUUGGCAUGAUCUGCACCACGCACGACAAGUUGUCUCAUUAUCUCACCGCUGUCACAGAACAGCAACCCAUUGAGUCAAAAUUUUCUUCCAAACUAGUUGACAACCUGAACGCUGAAAUCGCUCUUGGCACGGUCACAUCAAUUCCCGAGGCUGUACAAUGGAUCGGAUACUCAUAUCUGUUUGUGCGCAUGCAGCGAAGCCCCAUGACAUAUGGUAUCGAAUGGGCAGAGAUCCGGGACGAUCCAAACUUGGUGCAACGACGAAGGCAACUCGCCAUACAGGCGGCACGCACGCUGCAGAAGAGCCAGAUGAUCAUUUUCAACGAAGUUACCGAAGAACUCCGUAGCAAGGAUGUUGGUCGUAUUGCGAGCCAAUACUACAUUCAGCAGACAAGUGUGGAAAUUUUCAACACUUUGAUGAAGCCGCAAGCUUCGGAGGCUGAUAUUCUAUCCAUGAUCAGCAACAGCGGAGAGUUCGAUAACAUUCAGUCGAGGGAUAGCGAGGCAAAGGAACUUACUCAUUUGAGACAUGAAAUGAUCCCUUGUGAAGUCCCUGGUGGCAUCGAUACCCCACAAGCAAAGACCAAUAUCUUGCUCCAGUCGUACAUCUCACGGGCUCAACCAGAAGACUUUGCUUUGGGUAACGACUUGAAUUAUGUUGCUCAGCAAUCCGGCCGUAUCUGUCGGGCUUUGUUCAUGAUUGCGCUUAACCGGCGCUGGGGCUACCAGUGUCUCGUCCUGCUCACCUUGGCAAAGUCAAUUGAGAGGCGCUUGUGGCCAUUCCAACAUCCUCUCCAUCAAUUUGAUUUGCCAAAGUCGGUGCUCAGUCAGCUCGACGCAAAAGACAACCUCACUAUCGAGGCCAUGAAAGAGAUGGAGCCCGCCGAGAUUGGAGGGCUCGUACAUAACGUCAGUGCCGGCAAGAAGAUUGCCAACAUCCUCAACAACUUUCCAACUCUGACGGUUGAUGCCGAAAUUGCCCCUCUGAACCGCGAUGUCCUGCGGAUCAAGUUGUAUCUCACACCUGAAUUUAAAUGGAAUGAUCACAUCCACGGCACCACGGAGUCUUUCUACAUCUGGGUUGAGAACUCUGAAACUUCCGAAAUCUACCAUCACGAGUUCUUCAUUCUCAGUAGAAGAAAGCUCUACGAUGACCAUGAACUCAACUUUACCAUUCCUCUCUCAGAUCCUCUACCGAACCAGAUUUACGUGAGAGCGGUGUCUGAUAAGUGGCUGGGUGCUGAGACUGUGACGCCAGUCUCCUUUCAACACCUAAUUCGGCCAGACACGGAGAGCGUUUACACGGAUUUACUCAACCUCCAACCACUCCCGGUUGGUGCUUUGAAGAAUCCUGCACUCGAAGAGCUCUAUGCCAAACGUUUCCAGUUCUUCAAUCCAAUGCAGACGCAAAUCUUCCAUACGCUCUACCAUACGCCAGCAAAUGUUCUCCUUGGUUCCCCAACAGGCAGUGGAAAGACGACUGCUGCCGAGCUUGCCAUGUGGUGGGCAUUCCGUGAGAAACCAGGAUCAAAAGUUGUUUACAUUGCCCCCAUGAAGGCUCUCGUCCGUGAGCGAGUGAACGACUGGGGCAACCGGCUUGCUAAACCCUUGGGACUCAAGUUGGUUGAGUUGACUGGUGACAACACGCCCGAUACCAGAACCAUCAAGGACGCCGACAUCAUUGUCACAACUCCCGAGAAGUGGGACGGUAUCUCUCGUAGUUGGCAAACAAGAGGCUACGUCCGUCAAGUGUCUCUGGUCAUUAUCGACGAGAUUCAUUUGCUGGCUGGUGACCGUGGUCCAAUUUUGGAGAUUAUCGUAUCACGUAUGAACUACAUUGCUGAGUCUACAAAGAACACAGUGCGCCUGCUGGGCAUGUCGACUGCUUGUGCAAAUGCAACAGAUCUUGCCAACUGGCUUGGUGUCAAGGAAGGUCUGUUUAACUUCAGACAUUCGGUUCGUCCUGUACCGCUGGAGCUAUAUAUUGAUGGGUUUCCCGAGGUCCGGGGUUUCUGCCCACUGAUGCAGUCGAUGAACCGCCCAACCUUUCUCGCAGUGAAGACGCAUAGUCCAGAAAAGCCAGUCAUUGUGUUUGUGCCUUCACGUCGGCAGACUCGCUUGACGGCUAAGGAUUUGAUCAACAUGUGCGGAUUGGAGGACAACCCCCGUCGGUUCUUGCACAUGGAAGAAGAAGACCUUCAGCUCAAUCUUGCUAGGGUCAAGGACGAGGCUUUGAAGGAAGCCAUUAGCUUUGGCAUUGGCCUUCACCAUGCCGGUCUCGUUGAAACCGAUCGACAGUUGGCGGAAGAGCUAUUCCUGAACAACAAGAUUCAAAUUCUUGUCGCAACCAGUACUUUGGCUUGGGGUGUCAACCUCCCUGCACAUCUUGUCGUUGUCAAGGGUACGCAAUUUUACGAUGCCAAAAUUGAAGGCUACAAGGAUAUGGAUCUCACCGAUGUUCUGCAAAUGCUUGGCCGUGCUGGCCGACCUCAAUUCGACAAUUCGGGAGUUGCCAGAAUCUUUACUCAAGACGCAAAGAAAGACUUUUACAAGCAUUUCUUGCAUACAGGCUUCCCAGUAGAGUCAUCCUUGCACACGGUCCUUGAUAACCAUUUGUGUGCCGAGGUCUCAGCAGAGACUAUUCUAACAAAGCAGGACGCUCUCGACUAUCUGACAUGGACAUUCUUCUUCCGUCGCCUUCACAAGAACCCGUCCUAUUAUGGGCUGGAGAUAUCUGCCGAGGAACACAACAGCAUUGCGGCCCAACAACUUGCGAACGACUACAUGAUUGAAAUGGUCAACAAAUCUCUAGGAGAACUUGCACAGUCCAAGUGUGUUGAGAUUUACCCCAAUGGAGAUGUUGAUCCCACUCCUCUGGGCAAGAUCAUGAGUUAUUACUACCUGUCACACAAGACGAUUCGAUACCUUGUCAAGCAUGUCAAACCCAAGGCAUCCUUUGAGGAUGUUCUGAAAUGGAUGUCGAAUGCAACAGAAUACGAUGAGCUCCCAGUGCGCCACAAUGAAGAUUUGAUCAAUGCCGAAUUGUCGCGCAACCUGCCAUAUUCUGGCGCCAAUUUCGGACUACCUAUGUGGGAUCCUCAUGUCAAGGCUUUCCUCCUUCUACAAGCACACAUGGCACGCAUCGAUCUGCCCAUUACCGAUUAUGUCGGUGAUCAAACCAGUGUGCUCGACCAGGCGAUUCGUAUCAUUCAGGCGUCGAUCGAUGUUCUUACUGAGCUGGGCUAUCUUUCUAGCUGCCUCGAGAUGAUCAAGCUGCUGCAGUGCAUCAAAUCUGCACGAUGGCCUCAUGAUAACGCUCUGUCAAUUCUUCCAGGUGUUGGCCCUGACGAGACCAAAGACACCACAUCAUUGCAGAAAGUAAGCAAGCUCAAGAAGCCACAACUCGAUGAACUAGCGAAGAAACUUGGGAUCCCACAGUACCAAUACGGCAAAUUCAUUCGUGCUGCGACCGUUCUGCCAGACGUCAAUGUGCGCACAGAGAAUGUGACUGCACUUUCCAUGACGGUGUCCCUCAAACGCUCGAACCCCAUUGUUGAGCGUGAGGGGCGCAUCUAUGCGCCCAAGUACCCCAAGCCUCAGACCGAAGGUUGGUUUGUUGUAGUCUGCGACGUUGCGAAUGAUGAGAUCAUCGCGGUAAAACGGGCAGGUUGGAGUCAAGGGCCUGGCAAGUCGGUGGCUGUUGGGUCGAGGCCAACUGCAAAGGUCAACCUCAAGCUUCCCGAGCCAGCCCAGGGAGGCAAGGCCAGAAAGUACGAUGUUCUUGUGUUGAGUGACGCAUACGUUGGACUCGAAUACAAGGUCAUGGGAGUGGAGAUACCAGCACUUCCUAUGGUUGAUGAUGACGUUGACAAGUCGAAGAAGGGUGCGAUCAACGGUUCUGUUGGUAGCGGUAGCGUCUAA